AUGGUGGGCCUGUGCUGGGCAUCGCUCGAUGCCGCUUACAAGCACAUGUCAUGGCAUGAGAGCUUUGCACCAGAGGUAAUUGUCAACACCGUCUUCAUUGGGCUGGAUGUUCAGUACACGAUCUGGAACGAUGGGGUCCAGCCAGUUGGAUUUCAUGUGGCAAGCUACGUGUUCUCGUCCUUGUUCCUUGUCGAGCUCUGCCUGCGGCUCUACGUUGAAGGCAAGGAUCUUUAUUGUGGAGAAGACUGGAUGUGGGGCUGGCUUGACACCUUCAUCGUUUUCACAGCGCUGUGGGAUAUUGUAGUGGAUGUUUGGAUGGCUGCGCAAGGUACCAGUGAGUCCGUCGCUGACGUGUCCGGGCUCAGAGCCUUCCGGAUCAUUCGCAUCACACGUAUCGUCAAAGCGGUGCGCUUGAUGCGGAUCUUCCGGUUUGUGAUGGCGCUGAGGAUGCUGGUUUCAUCCAUAGUAAAUACGUUGAAGUCGCUGUUCUGGGCCCUGGUUCUGCUGGCGCUCAUUGUUUACGUGUUCGGCGUUGUUUUCGCUCAAGCUACGAACGACUAUCUCAAGGACCCGGAAACGGAGAUGCCAGAAGUGUACAGGGACAGCUUGAAGGUCCGCUUCGGCACUGUUCUGGACUCCAUGCUGUCCCUGUUCAUGAGCAUCACCGACGGAAUCAGCUAUGUUGAGCUGCUCAUGCCAGUAUCAUAUAUGUCAUCCGUGUGGGUCUUCGUCUUCCUUUUCUACGUGAGUUUCACUUAUUUUGCAGUUCUUAAUGUUGUCACAGGAGUUUUUUGCCACUCAGCCAUCGAAUCGGCGCAGAACGACCAUGCGGCGGUUGUUCAGAACAUCCUGGAGAACAAGGAAACUCACAUGCGCAAGCUCCGCCAACUUUUCACAAAGUUCAACGCAGACGGCAACGCAGAGCUGGAAGCCACUAUCACGUUCCCAAUGUUUGAGGAGAAGAUUGGCACAGAAGCGGUGCGAGAAUACUUCGAAAGUCUGAGCUUGGAUGUUUGGGAUGCCUGGUCAUUCUUCAAACUCCUGGACCUGGACGAGGGUGGUGCAGUUUCCGUGGAUGAGUUCUUAAUGGGAUGUUUACGAUUCCGAGGACCUGCUCGUGCCAUGGAUGUCGGCAAGCUACUUCGUGAUCAGACAUGGCUCAUGAAGGCACAAAGCCGCUUCCAAGCGCAUGCGGAGGUGGAGCUUCGAGAUUUGAAGACACAGCUGAAUCUCAUUGUCGAUGCCUUGCAGAGAGACGCUUCAGGUGUGCUUACUCCACGAUCUCUUUCUUCCACGCAGUCCGACGGUUACAAUGGCUCAGUGUGCCUAGCCGUUCCCGAAUGA